GUUAUUAUUGAAUAUCAUAAUUACCUUUUUUUUUAAGAAACUCUUCAUAGUAUAGUUAACAAGAUAAAUGUAAUGGUCAACAUAUUUGGUAGUGAGGAGAAUGUGGAAAUAUUUGAUGAUACUGAACUAGUAACGGAAGACAACAAGAGAAUCCUUAUACCGGUUUUCAUGCAACUUGACAUUCCGACUUCAUGGGAUAAAACAAAAGUUUUUGAAGCUAUAGAUGAAUUCAGAUUAACCGGAACACCAGACAUGAAUAUCCGAAUUAAAGCUAUUUCCAUCGAUGACCUCAACAUGUAUGCAGAAAUAGCAAAGCAGGUCCUAUGUAAUGUUCAUGAACUUCGUUCCGAAAUUAACAAACUUAUGUCUACGAUGCUAUCAGAAGCGGAUAUUGAUACAAAAGAACAUGCAGAAUUGUGUGUUAACUUAAAUGUACCAGACAGAUCAGAAAAUGAACCAAAUAAAGAAGAAGCUCAGGAUCAAGCUUCCGUCAAAACCAACAUUCCUGUUUGUGUCACUUUGCGUCAACAGUUAAAUAUAAAAAAGUCAUCGAAUAAAAAUCCGACCAUACUGAGCUGUAUCAAAAUCGGCAAUACAUUAGUGUUUACCGACUGUAGUAAUAAGCGACUUAUUUUUUGUAAUUCAGACAGUACUGAUAUCCAUCACAUUCCUCUGUCCUAUAGACCAGAUUAUAUAACAGAGAUAAAUAUUAAUACUGUAGCAGUAUCCUGUGUAGGUAAGAGUACCAUACUGAUAAUAAAUAUAUCUAAAGGUUCUGUCACCAGUACAAUCAACACCAGUGGUUACUGCUCCGGAAUAUCAUAUAAUGAUAAUAACCUGUACGUUGUUAUUGAUUGGAGUAUAAUACAUGUGAUGGACCUGGCAGGUAAAGUAAUACGUACUAUACCUUUACCUUCAGGCCUUAUCUUCGACUUUACAGUAGACAGAGACAGUAAAAGUAAUAUUGAUAAAGACUGA